AUGAUUUGUUCAGUAUGGUAUCAUUGUGGACUUUCAGGUUAUGGUGAAGUCUCAGUUGAUACAGAUGUUGGCAAAGUAUUUGCUGUCGUAUUUGCACUUGUUGGUAUUCCUCUUAUGUUCAUCACUGCAGCCGAUAUCGGCAAAUUCCUCUCAGAAACGUUGCUCAAAUUUGUUAGCAAUUGGAAUAGGAUGACGCCAAAAAUCUUGCUUGAAGGCUCGAUGUUUGUCUCUUACAAAUUCUCGGGUCGCCCUUGA